GGCUCCUCUGCUCGCUCGCCUCAUUCCCGCUCCUCACCACAAACUCAGUUGCGUUAUGGCGAACACGGGCUUCCAGCUGUUGGGCUUCGCCCUGGCCUUCAUUGGCUGGGUGGCGGUGAUCACUAGCACGGCGCUACCUCAAUGGAGGACUUCAUCCUACGCCGGCGACAACAUCGUCACGGCCCAGGCGAUCUACGAAGGGCUUUGGAUGUCGUGCGUGUCCCAGAGCACCGGCCAGGUCCAGUGCAAGGUCUACGAUUCCAUGCUGGUGCUGAACCGAACCCUGCAGGCCACCCGGGCCCUCAUGGUGAUCAGUAUCCUGCUGGGAGCCGUGGCGAUCCUUGCCUCGUGUGUGGGAAUGCAAUGCACGACCUGCCUUGCGGGUGACGAAGGAAAGAAGACGAAGGUGGCAGGCACUGGCGGUAUCCUCUUCAUCCUCUCAGGUCUCCUCGCGCUCAUUGCCACAGCAUGGUACGGAAACAACGUUGUGCGGGAUUUCUAUACCCACGCCACCCCGGUAAACACUCGGUUUGAGCUUGGCCAGGCCCUCUUCAUUGGCUGGGCAGCGGCUGCUCUCUCCAUUUUGGGAGGAGCUUUCCUCACCUGCUCCUGUGUCAAAGGCAGGUCCUCAGGACGUUCAUACCCGCGAUCAACUCCCUCUGCCCCAAAGAACUACGUGUAAGCUUGGCCCCGGCGGGGGCUGACGUGUUCCCCCUCAGACUGGGCACACCCUGCAUGUCUCUGAGCUUUGCCAAAUGUUACCCCUGAUGAUGGUUCCCACGGAGACAGCUGGGGACUGAAAGGGUUGCAGGGUAUUAGUGUGGGGGCCUUUGCGGCUUGCUGGAACCCAUUUCUAAUCUCAGAGCAUCAGCAGUGAUGUAUCCACAGCAAAUGUGACUCUGUCUGCUUGGGCCCCACCUGUGUCCAUUUUAACCCACAAUAUCUGACCAUCACACACUGUCCUGUCAUUUCAUUUCAAGUAAUCUUGAGUAAUUCCCAUUUCAUUAUUUAGAAUGUAGAUAUUAAGGCUUUCCUGCAACAUGUAGUAUCUGAAGCAGCUUUCUUUCAAGGGGAGAUUGGAUGUGUCAUAGCCUGCUUCUGAGGUCACUGGGUGGAGGGUGAUCUCUCUAAUGUCACACUCGGGGACCCCAGGAGACUAACACCCAGAGGAGACUUUCACCCAGACUCCAGUUCACCUUCAUAUCAUCUACAUUGCCCUUUGUGUCGACCUGAACAGAAGUCCGACCAGAGGGUGGAGCAGAGGUCCCCAUUCCAUAGUUGUCUUGUUGAUGAUCAGUUACGGUUCUUCAACGUGUCCAGGUCACACCUCCCCAGAGCUGCUGCCUGACCUGCUGAGUCCAUUUAGCACUCUGCGUAGUUUGUUCUGGAUCGCCAGCACCUGCAGACACCUUGUCCGCUCAUCCUUCCCCACUGACCUCCCUCCUGGCACUUGUCCUGCUUGCAGUGGUGGGUGUUACUCCAGCCCGCACACCCCUCCCUCACGACCACUCAAAGCUCCAAACAAUCCUUCCAGGUGAGGCGACACCUCACUGCAAGUCUGUUGACGGUUGUCUUCUGUUUCUGAUGUUUGUGAGACCCGAUGCAGAUUGGGAGAUUGCUUUGUCUAGCAAUUUGCUCUGUCUGCCACAGAAGACAGGAUUUCCCAGUGGCCAUCCAUUUCAAUUCUACUUCCCCUUCCCAUUCCGGCAUAUUGGUCCUGGCCUCCUCUACUGCCGCAAUAAGACCACACACAGGUUGGAGGAACAACACCUGAUAUUCCAUUUGGGUAGCCAGCCUGAUGGCAUGAACAUCAAUUUUUCCAUCUUCCAGAAAUUUCUCCCUUCUCUCUUUUUCCAUUCCCUAUUCUGGCUCCUCUCUCACCUGUUCUCUUUUGCUCACCUCCCCCUGGCGUCCCUCCUCCUUCCCUUUCUCCCCUGGUCCACUCUCCUCUCCUUCAACGUCCCACCUUCGCACUCUGUCACCCUCACCCACCUUCCCACCUCCCCCCUCACUUGGGUUCACCUCUCACAUGCCAGCUUGUCCUCAUUCCCGUCUCCCCACUUUCUUAUUCCGGUCCUGAUGAAGGAUCUCGGCCCAAAA